GACAGGUCGCUUAACAUGGGAAGUUCCACCUGUGGCCGACGAGGCCUUCCAUCGACGAGGUACUUAUACGGGCCCAAGGUGUCCGCUCCUCAGUCCGCCUCCGCUGCCGCCAUGAAGCUGUUCGUUGCAGUCCUCUCCCUUGCUGCCCUCACCUGGGCCCAGGAUAAGCCAGAGUGCCUUUGCGGCGCCUUUAUCAGCACAGCCAACGCCGAGUAUGAGGUCCACCGCCUCCCUCCCAUCGACACGAACGACUGCGAUGACGAAAAGCUGUGCGCCGUCGUUUGCGCUGCGGAGUGGGAUAAGUUCACAGCAAAUGGAGACCUGGAUCACGUGAUGGAAAACGGCGUGACGGUCGGCCAGGAGGCUUGUCGCGCCAUGGCGGCGCACGGCCAUCCCAACCUUGGCCCCCACGACGUGUAUGCCUACUACAACAUCUGCCACGGGCCGUGGAUCUUCGACGGCGAGACGAGCCAGCAGCCGCUCUGCUGCGUCGACGGCACCUACCCCGGCAACUGCGACUCCUUCACCCGACCUCCUUCGAAAUAAAGUGACGUUGAUGAUCUUUUCGAACUAUACUACUCACUCAAUAAAGCAGGUUAAUAGUA